CGAAGCGUAAGGUAUAAUACCCACUCCCUCUCCGGCUGGGCUUUCAUGACAAAUGGCUCUUGGGAAUACUAUAUCGAUCCGCCGCGACUACGCUCCGACUCGCCCCCGAUCCCACAUGCCGCUGCCGUCGUGGUAGUACCGUCCGACCAGCAGCAGCGCCCGCUACCACCACCCCCCCCUCCCCCUGCAAAAUAACAUAAACAAGUACAGCGGGUGGGUGGCGCCUACACACCGAGCGGCAGACGGGUAGAUAUAUAAAAGACAAAAAAAAAAAGAAAAAGCACAGCCCUCCUGGGGGGGAAGGGUCAUGUCGGUGGGCGGCCUCGGGGUGUACCCAAAACUGCCGCGGGUGGCGGUGCGCGACAGCUUCGCCGACGACGAGGACGACGAGCUGAGCGACAUUGACGACGAGGUGUUCGUGCGGGAUGGGAAAAACGGGAUACUCAAGCUUGGGGGCGGGGGGGGCGUCGGCCACCUCGAGGACGACGACGACUACGAGCGCGGGGUGAAGCGACCGCUCAUGGCGCCCCGGAGGACCAAGUCACGGGGUGCCCACUUUGCCCCCGAGCCCGGUCUGCAGCCCCGUUUGCCGCUCAAGGCGCUCUUCGCGCCCUUCCUCUACACCAUGCUCGGCCUCGUCGUGGUCGUGGCCAUUAUCGUCCUGUGCGCAGUGGCCAUCACGAGGCUGCCCGUCUCCCCGGGCAUCGUCGACCGGUGGCUGGCUCACGAGAAACACUCCCCGGCCAAAGAGCCGUAUGUCAUACCUUGCACGUCCCUUGGCUCGCGGCUCCAGUGGACCAGGACCCUGCCCAGGCUCACCUCGGAGGCGCCGCUGAGGAGCAACGACGUCAACGGGGACGGUGUCGUCGAUAUCAUUGUCGGCUUCAGCACAGGGUUGGACACGUCGGCCGCGACGGAGUUCACGUGCAAGAUGUACUUUGAGCAGAGCGCGCCCUGCCUGGGCGGCGUGUUGGCCCUGGACGGGUCGCAGGGGAAAACGUUGUGGACCCAUUGGACCGGGCACGCGGUGUUCUCGGUCGAUUGUGGCCUGGACGUGAACGGCGACGGGACCAAGGAUUGCGCGAUCGGGGGCCGUGGUGGGAUACUCCACGCGGUCAGCGGCCGGGAUGGCAGGAGCAUAUGGGAGCUGAGCCCCGGCGAGCAGUUGGCCGACGCUGCGCGCUACUACGACGUGUACGACGUGAGGUACAUAGCCGACAUGGAUUACGACGGGGUGGGAGACGUCGUGGCAGCUCACACCUGGGGUGCCCAGUCGGAGGUGGUCCUCGUGUCCGGCAAGACCGGCAACAGGAUCAAUAGCUGGAGGUUUCCCGGGAAAGAGCAGCUGUUUGUCGCCCCCCAGGUGUUGGUCCACCAGGACGGGGAGACUUACCUCGUGCUCGUGGCCAGCGACCGGGACAAGACCGGCGGCCUCUACGUCGUGCCCCACGCUAACCUGCUCAAAGGCGAAUUUAAGCUGCAAAAGGUCCGCGAGGGUCCGGUUUCGCUGCCUCCCCUGUUGAUCGACGUAAACUCGGACGGCACGGAGGACAUGAUUGUCGCCAUGGCCAACUCGAGCGUGCUGGCCAUAGACGGGCUGACCUUCAAGGAGAUCUGGAACUUCACGAUCGAGGGCUCCGAGGUGAUAAGCAUCCCCGUGCCCGGUUACUACAACGACGACAAAGUCCCCGAUUUCAUGGUGAAGCACCAGAUAGGCCCGGGCUUCCCGCUGUACUAUUACACGAGCGCCACGGUGCUGGACGGCAAAACGGGCAAGCCCCUGCUGGAGACGCCGAUGAUCGACACCAUGAGCGGCCAAAUGUCCGGGUUGUCGAUAACCGUCGACGGCUUCGGCAACGAUUGGUUCGUCCACUGGUCCGGCGACUGCCUCGGCAAGGAGGGCGCGAGGGACAAGUACGAGUUCUUCCGCGACUCGGACCCCGACGCCGACCUCUGCAGGCUCAGGUUCAACAGCUCCCUCGUCACGUCGCUCUACGCCUUUAGCCAGCACGUGGGCCCACCCGGUCUGGCGCUCUACCGCUCCGAGGACUGGAAAACCUUGGAGUUCAACAACAGCGUCGACCCCAAGAGCGCGGCCGACGAGUACGCCGCCCGGGUCCAGAGUCCGAGCAACGACGGUACCGAGCAGUCCCGGGGGGCGAGCAACUCCGAGAGCGAGGCGUUUCAAAAGCCAAGCCAAUUUUACCCAAAAACCAAGGACGACAGCGUAUUUUUGGACAAAGCCUUGGACGACGCGCAGCAAGGCGAGAACGAGUGGAAGCCCGACAGGUGGGAGGGGGACAGGUACAACAACGGCCAGCAGCAGAUCGGGGAGGACAACAACUACGACGAUACGUACGACGACGAGAACGAGAGGCUGAUGGCGUCCCGUCAGCUUAACGAGUUCCAGAGGCUACAGAGGAGCGAAAAGAGCGGGGGCGGCCGGUACAUCAACAACGACACCAACAAGAUAAGAAACCAGCUGACCGACUCGAGCAUGGACUACACCAAUGGCCAGAACAAGCAGGCCAACUACUACACAUCCCUGCACUUUAGCAGGUCGAACAACUCGGACGACAGCUCGGAUUACAUCCCGGACAUAGACUUUGUCGACCUCAAGGAGGCGGAGGCUCUCACCGGGGCCGAGUUGGACAACGUUGCCCCGGCCGAGGAGCCCAGGUCGAGGCGGAGCGUCAAGCGCGAGGGUGUAGCUGGGCUACUGGGGGUACAGAGGCAGCCGCCCACCGGGAUUUUGCUUCCGUCUCUGGCGAAACCGGGCGAGGCCGGGAAGAAAACGGUCGACCUUGUCUUUUCCACCUACUGGCUGCCCGCGUCCUCGACGCCCUUUGUUCUUCUCCCGGAGGAUUUGAAGUGCAUGCGGGAGGCAAAAAGCGCGGGCAAGGAGAGGGAGCCGGCAGUGGGCGAGUGCUUGGCUCGCCGGGGAGUGGAUUUCCGGUCGUACCAGGAAGCCGUCGACAAGGAGAACGAAAAGAUCGCCCUGGGCCAGAUGACGAUAUACAGGAUGCGGCUGCAGUGCACCUGUCCCGAGGACAUGCUGGCCGGGCAGACGUGCAAGGACAUUUCGGAUCAGCAGAGGUGGCCCGAGCACUUGGGCGCAUCGGUCAGCGGGUACUUUGACUCGUGGCGGAAGUAAUCAAGAGGAUAGGGGGAAUUUCAUGUGUAAUCGUUGGAGAGACGAAGGUUAGAGAUAUGGAAGAAGAUGUGUGUGGGUGUGUCGAAACGCGGAUGAUUGCGAUGGAUGAAAGAUCGUGUGCAUUAUGUUAUAUACACACAUGUAUUACGAAUAGAGGGCUUUGACGAAGGAGCCGGGAAAAUAUCUUGUCGUCGUUGCAUAUAGUUGUACAAAUUUGCGAUUUUGAAUUGAUCCAUCAAAAAUGCGAUUGAGCUGAUUAUUACUAUUAUUUCUUUUUUUUUUUUUCGUCCUAAUUAUAUGCAUCAUCGCACAAGUCGAUUAGUACAAUAAACUACACAUUUUUUAUACUAUACGAUGUUAAGAUGCACAUAUCCAGCCCUUCAUUCGCAACUUUUGUAUAAAUAAACCAUCGUUUGUACAACUAUAUGCAAUCAUGUACAUAUUGUUACACCGUUUAUGUUAAAAUUUCUUAAAUUAACUACAUGUAUGAUUUUGCAACUGUUUUUACUUGCACAUGCACGACGAUACUUAUACCAAAUAUGAAAUAUUUAUGCAUAAUAACGAAGGUUUUCUUUGAUACAUACACGUACGUGUAUAUUAUAUAUACCAUCGAACAUAAAAUGCCAUCUGAUGCAGAGCAUGAUUAUUAUCGUAAGGGAAGAAUUAAAAGUAUAAGCAAGAAUUACAAAGACAAUAUACGUGUGAAAGUUUAAUAGUACCUUAGCACUGUUUUUGUUUUUGUACGAAGGAAACAAAUAUAUAUAUAUAUUAUAGGAUAAAACAAUACAAAAAAUAUAUAAUGUAUUCUACUACGUGAUGAUGUUUUUUCGCCGAUUAAAUAAUUCAUGUUGAUUGAUUGCGAAGUUUAUAAAUAUACGAGAGUCGAGCGAUGAUGUUAUAAUAUAGUCCCUAAGUUGUACAAAAUAAAUAAUAUCGAAAGAUGUGUGAUAUAUACCAUAUAUACACUUA